AGUUUCUCCUUGAAGGGCUCAAGGACUGAAGCACCUCCGCAAAAUGCUUCUACUGAAUAAUUCCCAGAAGCUGCUGACCCUAUACAAAUCCUUGGCCAGGAGCAUCCCUGAGUCCCUGAAGGUGUAUGGAUCUGUAUAUUACAUCAAUCACGGAAACCCCUUCAACAUGGAGGCGCUGGUGGACUCCUGGCCUGAAUAUCGAACUGUUAUUAUCCGGCCUCAGAAACAGGAGAUGACUGUCGACCUGGAUCCAUACACAAACAUAUACCAUAUAUUUUCCAAAGAGCCUCAAAAAUUACAAGAAGUCUUGAAAAAUUAUGAAGUCAUAAACUGGAAACAGAUACUCCGAAUUCAAGGUUUUCAAGAAGCUUUGGAUGAGGAGAUAAAAGCGGUUGCAUUUUCUAAGUCACUGAGGGUAAGCCCUAGGAAGGCAAUCCUCUAUAUUACGGAAGACAUCCUGAAUCUCAAUGCCUCUAAGAGCAAGCCUGCAAGGUGGGGUGAGGCAGGCUACCCAGAUGGUGAAUUUGAGAGUAAGGAUCUCAAUUUUAAGUGUUCCCAACUGGAUGUCUGUCAUUCUGAGCUGGUGAAUGACAGCUGGAGGCUCGGUCAGAAUGAGAGGAGCCUGCGUUACAUCAAGCGCUGCAUACAGACCCUGCCAACACAGUGUCUUUUGGACCCAGAAGGAGUCCUGGUCUCAUGGAUCGCCAUGGACUCUUCUUGUGAAAUGGGAAUGGCCCACACCAUAGAAAGAUACCGAAACUAAGGAAAAAUGAAAGAAAUGAUGGUGCAUUAUAUGAAAUUUCUGCAUCACAAUAAUAUUCCAUUUUACCUCUCUAUCCUGGAAGAUAAUAUAAACUCACGAAAAACUGCAAAGGUUUUGGGUUUUUCUGAGGUUGCGUGUGGGUGGCACCAAUGGACCUGCUACCCACAGGAAUUAGCUCCAUUUGUUUAA